UUCUCUCUAUUGUGCCCACAGUUUCGUUUCUCAUUUCGCGGCAUUUCUGUUUUACUCCUCCGCCUGAAAUAUCAAUCUGAAGCCGGCUUAACAACAGUCUUAUCAAUGAAUUAAUUUAAGUUCCUCGUCUAAGUUGAGAUUAAUCAUAUCGAACAAAAGCAGUAGCAACAACAACAACAAUGGCUAACAAACAUAGAAACAACAAAGAAAUGCAAUCUCUGCUUCUUCUCGCCGUCUUAUUGGGAUUCUUGGCGGAUGGAAGUGCUCUAUUGGUUCCCCCAAAAAGUCAACAGUUCUUUAAGCUGCAAAGUGAAGUUAGUCUGGAGGAACUGGGACAGAGAUCGAGUUCAUCUAAAACUACUUACAAAUUCGAGACGGAUCUUGAGAUCAAUUCUGUUUGGAGUCGGGACAAUGAUCAAUUACUGGAGAUUUUCAUCAGCGAGAGUCGCGUGGCUGCCGCAGGGAAGGAUCGUUCCAUCAGCAAAAUCCCCGACAGACCCUUCUACAUUAGUCUGGUUGAAGGGCAGCCUCAUAAAGUCAUUGCUCAUACAUCAAAGGAUCAAUCUCUGCUUAAUUUGGAGCGUGGUAUCGCUUCCCUUCUUCUGUUAAGAUUGGAUGCCUCCCAAGAAGAGGAGCUGGAUGUCUCUGGACUGUGUCGUGUUUCCUACAAUGUAAAAUCCUCAACGAGAGUGGAAAAGGCCAAGAGAGAUUGUGCUUUGUGGGAUCUCAGGGUCACCUAUCAUCCAGAAGAAGCUUUCGGUGUCAGUCAGCAGUCUCAGGAGCAAGUCUCCUAUCAACUCUCUUCAGAGGGAUCACUUCUUAAAGCGGAAUCUGUGGAAACCCAUCGUCUCAGCUUGGCCGCUAAGCCGGAUGUGGGAAGCGUGGUCAAGAGUGUUCUCAUCCUACAACAAAGCGGCCAGGGAUCUAGCGAUGUUAAGCAGCUGGAACAGGACAGCUUAGAGUCGGCCAUCGAGAGUCUGCUGGAAUGGUAUCGCGUCUUUGAGCUGGAAUCUGAUGUAGAUGGCUUUAUAAGCGAGUUGAAGGAGCAAACUCUUGAGGAUCAACUGAAGGCUUCUCUGGAUGAACUGCAGUCUGAGGACGUUGGAAAAUCAUCGCUAGCCUUGGCUUUUGUCAAACUCAUACCAUUGGCUCGGAUUACCAGUCAGGAACGUUUCGCUGCUUUGCUUAAAGAGCACACCAAGCUCCUACCCCAAUUGGUGGAUCUUUUGGGAGCUGUUCAGACCUUUGAUGCCCACAACGCUACCUUCGGGUUCCUGUACAAGGAGGGGGAUACAUCCAACGAACAAUUGGAGCUGUUGGAAAAGUAUCUACAAUCCCUAGCUGUGGCCACGCACCCAGAGAGGAAAAUCAUUGAACAUUUAUAUGGAUUACUCCAACUGGAAGCUGUUAAUAAGAAGCAAGCUAAACUGAGGGAUAGCAUUGUACAGACUAUAGCCACCUUAACACGCCAAAGUGGCUUCGAUGUGAAUGAUCUAUUGCUGCAGCAAGUGAGGGAAUAUCUCCUGCAAGGCGUCACCUCCAAGGAGCCCACAUUGUAUAUUAGGGCUCUGCAAAAUCUCCAGGAUCCCACCACCAUUGAAUCCCUGCUGGAACAGGCCCAGAGUCGUGAUGAACCCAGCAUAUCGGUGGCUGCCUUGCAGGCACUCAAAUCCUUCCCCGUUGGCAACUUGAAUUCCUCGCAUCGUCAGCAGUUUGAGGGAAUUUUCUAUCAGCGAAAACGGCGAUUCGAUAGCUCUGCUCGUACCUUGGCUUUGGAUGUUAUCCUAUCGCUGAGGCCCAGUAAGGAGCAGCUGGGCCAUCUCCUCGAUUAUUUGGCCUCCAAUGAUCGUCAGUUUGAGAUCAAAACCUAUGUCCUGCAGAAGUUGAGAAUGCUAGCCGAGAAGUGUCCCAGGUUUAGGGCGUUAUUCGAAACGGAACUGGCCAAGAGGAGUCGUGUGAACAACUACAAUGUGCUGGGACAGAAGGGUCUCACCACCGUGCUCACCCGUCAGCUUUCCCUAGCGCCCGCCUUUAACGAAUCUCUGUUGAGUACCCAGGAGGUUUACCAGGGCAUCCUUAAGCGUGGUUCUGUGGAGUUCCUGCUCCAUGCGGGACGUUCACAGGCUAGCACCUUUAAAUUGGGCAUUUAUACCGCCGGCUUGGGUUCACUGGUGGGCGAUGGCGAUGCUGACGAUGGCAAUGAUGCAAUCCCAGCGGAUGAUGAGCUGGGCGGCGAGGAAACCAUUACUGCUGGCAUGGAAAUCAGUGUGCAGGGCUCUCAGCUGCGGCCUUUGAUCUUCUUUAAUGGCCAAACGGAGCUCAUGGGUCAUGUGUGGGGAGGAACCGCUUCCGAUACGACUCCUGCCUAUCAGGCCACCACUUUGGCGCAGGAUCACGAGCGAUACAUCAUUCUGGCAUCGGGAGCCACGCUUCACUGGCGAGUCCUGGGAGCCAGGAGUGUGGAUCUCAAUGGCAAAGUGGGUUUCAGCUUGUGGAAUCGGAAUGCCCAGACGGAGAUUCAGCAAAACACGGGCAGCGCUUUGUUGGGUCAUGUAGCCGUUGGCUUCACCUAUGCCAAGUUGGUCCAGGACUUUAGCCUUAUCCAUGAACCAAAAUUAAGUCUGCAGGCAGAUUUGGACUUUUAUAGUGGCAUUAAGCUCUGCAUGCAGUUGCAGCGACCCGAGCAGCUUCUAGAACAAACCAGCAUUCGAUCCGUUUUCCUACAGUCUGUGGAUCGACCUUAUGCCAAACAUGUGAGCUCCAAGCUCUCGCACAAAACUCCGGGCUGCACUUUUGCCCUUAAUCAGAAAAACAACGAAAUGUGCAACAUUAUUUUUAAUGACAAUUAAGAGAUUCCGAGAUUUGCAAAAACGCUUCCUUGAUACUAAACCUUUAAACGAAAUGUAAACUCAGAGAUUAAGACUCAAUCUAGAUGUUAAACUUAAACGAACAAAAAACAAUCUAAUUUUGUAAUAUAAAUUAAA